UAUCAGUGGUACACAUGCAGAUGCACAAAGUAUGAACAUAGGCAAUUAUAAUCUCAUCUGUCAAGGUCUUCUCACAGAUUGAAUGAUUUAAUUUGGCGUAAAGUUGGCAGGGCAGAUAUGACAGGGUGGCACCAAGCUCCAGGAGGAGGGCUGGAGAAUCUUCAUCAAUCCAACUAUGGCGAUGAUAUGAGCUGGAUGAAUGAAGGGUUUGGAUGCAGGAGAAAACGAGCAAAAGAGACGGAGCUUUUCUCUAGGGGAGGUAAGAGAAGCAGAGGUGACGAAACAGGAAGGGGCAGAGGAGGCGUUAGAGAAGAAGGAAGAGGAAGCGGUAGAGGAGAAGGAAGAGGAGGAGGAAGAGGUGGAGGCAGAGGAGGAGGCAGAGGAGGAGGCAGAGGAGGAGGCAGAGGAGGCGGCAGAGGAGGCGAUAGGAGAGAAAGCUGGGAACAUGAUCAAAGAUGGGAAGAAGGUAGAAGUUUGGAAGACUUUCGAAGAUGGGAAGAUGAAAGAAGACAGGAAGAUGAAAGAAGACAGGAAGAUGAAAGAAGGCGGGAACAAGAUCCAGGGUUGCGCAGACCAGAGCCAGAGAGACAUGGGCAGAUGGAUCCAAGGGAAGAUUAUAGAGAAAAACGAGGAGGAGGAGGAGGCUGGCAGGAGGAUUAUGACGAUGCAAGAUCAUCACAUCACCACGAUGCAAGAUCAUCACAUCAACAUGGUUUAUCAACAUCCUGGCCACCUGUGGGAGAGGAAGACCAACCACAGGAAACAAACAGAGGAAAAGAUGACUGGAUGACGGCCGACAUAAGUUGGGAUAAUAUACCGGUAGGAGCUAUUGAGCAACCCAGAGAUGACAGGGCAGCCGGUAUUCGAAGGGGAUCUGGGAUUGCGAGAGGAGCCGGUAGUGGGAGGGGAUCUGGUCGAGGUAGGCAUGAUGAUAUGAGGAGUGCUGAUGUUGGAAGGGGCAGGGGUAGACGAGAUGAUGAACACCAUGAGAGAAGUGCCCCUGGUAUUGGUAGAAGUGGUAGGGGAAGGCACCAUGAUGAACAUCACGACAGGAGUGAAGAGUUCCGUGGCAAACAAAAUGACGUUGAGAGACAUCGUAACAAAGCUAAAAUGUAUGAUAUACACCCUGUAGAUGCAGGGCAGGUUGGUGAUAAAGACCAGAGGAGUGGUAUGGCAAGAGGUCCGGAAAAGGGGCGUGGCAAAGAUGGUGUUCCAAAGAGAAGCAUUGAUAUGGGGAAAGGGAAAGUCGAAGAUCACGGUAAAGGAAGGAAUCAAGAUGAUGUAAGGAACAGAGAAAAGGAUCGACAUGGUGACCGUGGCCACGAAAGAGAGCAAGGCGAUGAUCGUAGCAGAGCACCAGAUCGAGACAGAGAUCAUAGCAGAGAACGAGGUAGGGGUAGAGAUCGGGAUAGCUCCAGCAGUCGAACUCGUGAGAAGGGUGCAGAGGACCGGGAUGAUCGAAGAGAUGGAAGCCGUAAAAACAGAGAACCAGAUCGAGAGUUUCGAGACAGAGAUCGUAGUGGAGAACGGGGUAUAUCUCGGUAUAGCUUUAGCAAAGACAGAGAUGGCUCCAGUAAAGGAGGACGAAAGCUGGAAUGGUGGGAAGAAGAGAUGCCGAUGACGCUUGAAGAGAUUGCGGCUCGGUACACCUGUAUGUUAUGCAAUGUGAAAUGCGGUGGACCUAGAAAUUACAGAGAGCAUCUGGCAGGAGUGACCCACAAGAUGAGGGCUCAAGUUUUUCCAGAUGAGGAUCCAGCAAGACUUGAAGAGGAUUAUCAAGAAGAGGAAUACCAAGAAGAAGAAUGGGAAGAAGAGGAAGAACUGACGCUGGAAGACAGAAUGAAAAAAUUCCACUGUGCGCUAUGUGAUGUACAGACAACGAGUGAGGAAAACCUGACAAUGCACAAUGAUGGCAUGAGGCACAAGGCUAACAUAGCGCGGCAGGAAAAGGGUGAGGAUGUUAUCAAAGGCUCUAGAAACAAAGGGAACCGAGCGAAGAAGAAGAAGAUUUCUGUUACGGGAGAGGAGAUUGUUGCGAUUCAACCGAUCAUAGACAAUUGUAAAGAACCAUUGGUUGGACUUGAAAUGAUCAUAGAAUACCUCAGACAAGAAUGGCAGACCGAGGCUUAUUUCUACUGCACCCUAUGUGAGGCAAAGUUUCAACAAGUCAACUUUAUGCCCCAUGUCACAGGCUACCGUCAUCGUUAUGGUUACAUUAAAAUCAAACGCCCCGAUGCCAAAGACAUGUGCCGUGUGGAACCCAAAGAAAAGGAAGUAUACAAAGAGCUUGAGGGGGGGAGUUGUGUGCUGGAGGUCGUUCCCAAGCGUAAUCGUACCGCCGUGUUGGCCAACCUGAAGAAGGUUUGUCGGGAAAUUCUGAAGGAACACGGAGUACAGAAGAUGCCGAAAGGGCCCGAUCCAGACCCACCCGAAAUGCCACUCAACAGACUCAAGAAGACCAUGAGGGCUGAUUCACAAGUGAAACUCAAGGCUUUUGACCCUGAAGAUUUCGUCAAACCGGUAUCAAACCCUCCCCCUGUCCCCAUCGGUGGAGUGAGACGCCCCGCCUCAAGGAACAAACCCAAGGAGAGGGUCGAGGAGAGACCAACCAUCAUAGGGUACAAACCCUCCGAUGUACCUCCCCCCGGUAUGGCCGAGGUACCCAGUGACCUACCCCCUGAUGCACCCCCUCCUACUGCCAUGAUGAUGAGACCUGGGGCAAGGCCUGGCUGGCCGCCAGUGAGGGUCGCCAGACCCCUUCCUCCCCCACCCAGACCCCCUCCUAGACGACCGGAUCAUGAACCUCCAUUAGGUUCACUUCCAGGUUUACCUCUAAAGUCACAAAAGAUGAGAGAGCUUGAAGAAGAGAUGGAGAAGGAGAUAGAUUUCAUAUGGAGUGUUCAGCAAGAGAAAGAGAAGCGUGAAUUGAGCUCCCUCAACGAAGCCCUUGAACGUGAGGAAGAACGUAGGCUGCUGGACGCUAGGAGCGUGGACAUAGAGAAGCUGAGGGAGAGAGAUCGCUCUCGACUCCGAGAGAGGGACCCCUUCCUGGCGUCGUACAUAGAGAAAGGAUGCCCCCCUCCUAAGCCAGAGGAAACCAAAGCGAAGGGGGGUUGUUCGAUCGCCCACGUGUCUCUCAAGAUCUGAAGGACCUGUAUGAGAAGAAGCAGCGACCCUCGACCUCAAGGUCCAUGGGUGAUGAAGAAAGAUUAGGGAAAAAGGAAUCUUCUUCUUCUUCUUCAUCCAGAGUUCUAGAGGAAGUGGUUGGGGCUCUAUCCAAGUCUCUGGCCAAGUCUGAUGAGGAUACAGACAUGGCCUUGAAGGUCUCUAGUGCUCUUCACGAAGCUCUCCUCAACAUCAA